GGCCCACCAUCCCUUCCUUCUGGGCCUGCUCACAGCCAAUCAGAUUCAGCCAAACACGUAAUGAACACAGAAUAGUACUCUCGCGGGGAGGUUCUACCAUCAACUGAAUAUGGAAUCUCAAUAUUACAUCGACAAAAUUCACAUUCACUCACUUUCAGUUUGCGAAAAAUUUUCUGGAAAUCGAUCACACAUCUCAGGGCUGGCAACAACCCUCUUUUUUCUGUUGCUGAUGUAGGAUUCGUCUUCCUCCAAUUCUAGUGAGAGAAAGAUAGAGGGAAGAGAAAUGGCGAGAAUCGAAGCAAUGCUUGUUUUUGUGUUAUCAGCAGUGUUAAUCUCGUCAUGGGUACCCGUAUCUCAGUGUAGUUCCAAGAAACCGGUGGGAGUUGCUAGGAAAGAGGACGUGCCCUUCAUCAAAUGCCAGGUCUGUGAGAAGGUCGCUACCCAGUUGCACAACCAAGUUCAGAAGAAGCAAGCUCAGAUCUCUCCGAAGAAGAUCUCUGAGUAUGAAGUCAUCGAAAUAUCGGAGAAUAUGUGCAAUUUGAAGAAAGAAGAAGCAGAUUGGAUCCUAAAAAUCGACAUAGUUGAAAAAGGGGAUAAGUUGGAGCUGGUUGAACAAGACUCUGAAGGACAGUGUAAUUCAAAAUGCAAGACAAUUGAGCGGGCUUGUCAAGAGAUCAUGGGGUAUUCAGAUACUGAUGUUGCUGAAUAUAUAUUUACAACCAAACCUCAGGUUGAUUCACUGAUUAAUUUUCUUUGUAAAGACCUCACCAAAUCGUGCAGUACCAAGCCCCCACCAGUUCCCAAGGAUAGGACUCCUGGAGAGCCUUUUGUCCCCAAGUCAUCUAAAGAGGCUGAAAUGGAAAAGCUAUUGAAGUCCAUGGAGGGUAUGCCAGGAGCGCCUGGCAUGAAAAUGUACUCGAGGGAAGAUUUGAUGAACAUGAAAAAUUUUGGUGGUGAAGAUGCUGAUGAAGAUGACGAUGAUGAUAGUGAUACACACUUUCCAUCAAACUUGGGAAAAGUUCUACAAGAGAAAGAAAGUAGGAAGGGUGAUUGGAUGCAGAGGAUCACAGAAGGAGUCGUGGACACAGGAGAGGCAUUAAAGAGACAUGCACACAAGGUUUCCAACCGGAUACGACAGUGGUGGCGAGGAAAGAAACCAGAAGGUUCAAUGAAGAAUUCAAAGGGCAGCAAGCAAGAGCUUUAAGAAAAUGAUUGUUGAAAGAUGGGUGUUUCUGAAGUUUUGGUUUGAUCGAUUAUCGACAGGAAUUAUAGACGCAGAUUUCUAUUAGGAGGAAUUGUGCUUUCCCUACAAACUUGGUUCCAUUUUUUAUCCUAACAAGCCUCUUAAUAUCUGAAUGAAUGUGGAAGCUUGCUUUGUUCAAGAUGGAAGGCCAUUCCAAUGCUGUGCCAUGUUCUAUUUUGGGAGAGGUUACAAACUUAUAAUGAUCCAAAAUGACAUGCCUUGUGGAGGGGAUACUGUGUUACUUCGAUUCUUUACCACUGCAUGUAUAUGAUGGUAGUAUGCAAUACAGUUUUGCUACUUCUCUUUGCA